UAAUACACUUCCGCUAACGUCCUCUUGCCGAUUGUCCUUGUCCUUGUUUUGGCUUUUUUUUUCUCUUUUUUCUUUUUUCUUAUUCCUCUGUAUAGAAACAUUUCAGCCUUCUGUUUUAGGUUACAAUUCACCGCCUUUGGAAAUGCGGUUGCAGCAUUUAAGAUUUUAUCCUUUCCUUUUCUCAAGAGCUUCGGGUAAGCGACAACGUUUAUUUAAACGCCACAGCGCCGCCAGAAGUGACAGCGUUCUUCGUCUAAAUGAUAAUAGAGUGAACGCACGAUUUGCAUCAGCGAUGUCAUCUGCCCGUCUUCACAUUAGCCCGCACACCAAUGGCUCACAGAGAUUGAUUUGUUCUGCCCCAAUUACACCGCCUCGAUGGAUUCCACUUAGUAUUUAUCGGCGCAUAGAUGAAAUAACAUUUCUGUAUGUAGAAGCAAAGGAACUUCUUGACUUUGCGCAAAGGCACUAUGACACAAUCUACUUUCAACAAGAUCUGUGCAGAGCCAAGGAAGCUGUGACAACUACACUGAAAACAUUUGAAGCAUUCCAUGAUAGUCUACCUGAUGAACAGCGGUGCUAUGUACUAAAUUCUUUAGGAAAGCGUAUGGAUGAACUGGUAGCUUUUGAACAGAAUCUCAAAGACCUUCCUGUUUAGGUAUUACUUAUGUGUGUUGGAAGAUCUGCCUUUCUGAAGUGCUGUUGGAUACCCAGAAAACUGAGUUUUAUUAAACAGACUGUCUAAGGCUUGAUGCGUGAUCUUGAAAAGGAUCAGCCACAGGAUGCUCACACAACAUGAGAAAAGUACAGGUAUUGCAACAUAGCAUUAAGAGCAAACUUUCAAAGUCCUUGUUGGGAUGCAGUUCGCAUUUGUGACAGAAGAGCCUGAAAGGUUUGGAGCCGCCUGCUUUUCUACAGACAUCUCAGGUGCUCCAGACAUUUUUGUUGUAUCCUAUAUCCUUCUACACAUAGAAGGCCCUUUCAAGUUUUCCGGUUUGCCAAGAAAGUGAUCACUGAGAAAAGUAGCUAAAAACUCACGUAAUAUUCCAUGUGAAGCAACCAAAAGCACAAGAACCAGCUGUCAAAAACUGUCGAGAUUAGAUCUUGAAAUUGCUUCACUGCUUAUCCAUUGAACAUAAGGAUGAAAAGAUUUUUCCCAUAUUUAAGGAAGAAAUAUCUUUAGAAAUAUGAAAUUUAUUGUUCAUUGUUUGGUUAGAAUGAGAUAUUUUUAUCCAUAAAAAUGUUGGCGCUAAUAAGCAGCUACAGUGAGCAUUAGGCAUGGAGCACAUUCUACAGAUUCUGAUGUUAAAUCUGCAAUUUAACAAGUAUAGGGCUGAAUACUCUGUUAGAUGUCUAUAAUAAGUCUGAAGUAAUCCCCAGUGUGUAGUAAUUUUAAUAAAGGUAUUUUUAAAGUACUCUAAAAGCAUGGCCCUCAAAAGUAAUCCUUGAUAGUUUUUAAACAGCUGACAAUAAAGAUUAAUAUUUCAGAAGUGACCAAAGAGAAUUUAAAAAAAAAUCAUGUAAUUUGUUUCUCCAAAGCUGAAAUGUUUCUUGUGCAAGUACAGAGAUAAAAAUGUUUUGAGAUCACACAAUCUCAUGAACCACUCACAGCAUUAA